AUGUACCCUGAAUUUGAAUUUGAACCCGGAUUUACUGAAGAGGACGAACUCUGGACUCCCGACCACCGUGAAACCGUGCCAGAAAUUGAUAAGAGAGUCAAGUCAGCACUAGAUGAAAUAAUCGGGUCGUUGCUGAAGAAAGAGGAAAUCUUCAUUUCGAUCACAGCGCAUAGCGGAUGA